AUGAUGAUGAAUUAAUUGUCUUUAAUAUUAUUCAUCUCCAUUUUGGGAGUGAAUGGUUAUAUUUAGACUGAGAGGUGGUUUGAACACUAAUUGAUCGAUCAUUACGAUAGAACUAACACAUAGACCUUCAGAUAAAGAUAUUGGACAGUCGAGGAGUACUUCUAGCCGGAAGGAGGGGCAGUAUUAUUUUGGAUCUGCGGAGAGUACACAUGUCCAGGAAUUCGAAAGGAGAGACUCUUUCCAGUGGAAUUAGCGUAGACUCAUAAGGCAUUGAUUGUAGUGUUAGAGCAUAGAUACUACGGUAAGAGUAUGCCAUUCGAUGAAGAUGCCUUAAGGUUAGAGAAUUUAAAAUACCUAGGUAUAAGACAAGCAUUGGAUGAUUUGGCUUAUUUUUAAUUGCAUAUUGUGUAAGGUAAGUUUUUUGGAGUCAGGGAAAGUCAUCCUUGGAUUGCAAUUGGAGGUUCAUACCCUGGGGCAAUGGCUGCCUGGUACAGAUAUCAAUACCCUCAUUUGGUAGUGGGUGCAUUGGCGUCAUCUGCAGUAGUAUAAAUACUUACGGAUUUUCCUAAAUUUGAUACCUAAGUUUAUUUAAGUGCCUUGAAGUCAGGAUAGUAGUGUGCUGAUGAUUUAAAGGCUUUGAAUUAAUAUGCAGAAGACAAUCUGGAUGUAAUAAGAGCAAGAUUGAAUGCACAAAAGUUGAAGGAUGACGAGUUCUUAUUUUAUUUUACAGAUGCUAUCAUUUUAAAAAUUCAAUACGGGGGAAGAACCAAAUUAUGUAAUGAUCUGAAGGGGAAGACGAUCGAAGAAUAGAUGGACUAUUUUAUCAGCAGGACUCUAGUUGAGGAAAAUCCAGAAUCAUAUGGAUCAUAUUAUUUGAAGGAUGACGUCUACGAUGAACAUAAUCUGAGAUCAUCGAGACAGUGGAAAUAUCAAUGUUGCACAGAGGUUGGCUGGUGGUAAACUGCCCCUGAGUAGGACUCUUUAAGGUCUGAUAGAUUAGAUUUAGAGUUUUAUAGAUAAUAUUGUAAGGAUAUUUUCGGAGAGGAAUUGAAGUUAUGGCCAGAUGAGGAUCUAGGAAAUGCUUAUUUCGGAGGAUUUGAUUUGCAGGUUGAUAAUAUCAUCUUUACCAAUGGAGAUGAGGAUCCAUGGAAAUGGGUGAGUAUCAUAGAGGAAAAAGGCAAGUUCAAUGUCUAUCACAUCAAUUGUGCUAAUGCUGGACAUUGUGUGGAAUUGUAUACGCCUACUGAUCAAGAUUGCGAUCAAUUGAAAUAGGCUAGGAUUGAAAUCUCCUAAAUAUUUGGAAAUUGGAUCAGAGAACACUAUUCAAAAUAAGAAUUAUGA